GGAUGAAUAAUAUAGUGAGCCUCGUAUAUAACACCAUCCAUCUCUCUUUUUCUUCUCUGUUUCGAUAUUUCAACUUCCCUCUCUCUCUCUCUCUCUCUCUCUUCUGUAACUUCCCUUCUUUCUCUCUCUCUCGCUGCAUAUCUGAUUCCCUUUAAUUCGAUGAAGAAAGUUGCAUCGGCAUCAGCUAAGAUGACGACGCUUAAGGAUGAGUGGGUGGCAGCGGCGAUGACGGACGACCAGAUGGUCGUAGAGCUUCUUUUACGGCUGAAGCACACGGGGACGGUGGCUGCGGAAAAUCCGGAGACGAAUCUGGCUCCGAUGCGGUGGGGAAUCCGUCAACGACGGUCACGGUCCUCAAGAUCCGGCGGCGGCGUUGCGUUGAAGAAGGAUGCGGAUUCGGUUAGAGGUAGUCCGAAGACUCCGCUCUCAUGGAGCGGCGGAUCUGGAAGUGGCGGCGCCUCUGCAUCUCCCUCCGCCGAGGACACCAGUCGCCAAGCUAGCUGCUCCACGUCUACAGGAUCCGGAUCUAAGGCUUUCCCCACUAACGAAAUCACCAGUUGUUUUCCCAAGAGGUUGAAGAACAAGAAGUCAUCUUCUGAGCUUAAACACGAAGAGAACUUGAAGUUGAAGGAAAGACUCCACCUUGAAAAGGAGAUUGCAAGUCUCCGAGCAACAUUCGACCAACAAAACGUAAUGAACCAAAGGUUGAAGAGGAUUAAGCUUGACUUGAACUCAGGCCAUGUCAAGAACGAGACUCCUGUUGAUCUGAUUCGUAAAUCACAAGGCGAAUCAAAACCUUGCAGAAUAGAGGGCAAGACCGCUACCUCGGAGAGCUUAUUCUUCUUACCUGAUCUCAACAUAACACCAUCCGAGGACGAGUUAUUGUAUGGAACUAGCUAGGUGCCAAAAUUUCUAUCUCGAUUUGAGUUACAACCAAGAAGGGAGGCAGAGACUUUAACAACGAAAGUGAUUGUAUAUUGUCUCUUCCCAUCAUUCUUGUUUCUUUCUGGGGGUAAAACGCUCAUUACUUCUUGAUUAUUUUUUUUAAGAAGAAAGUGAAUGUUAAGUUCUUUAGUGUUUUGUUCUCUCUCUUUUCUACCCGAUUCCUUGUAGCUAAAGCGUUGUUUGAGGAAAAAGUAGGACAACUAAUAGACUUUUGUGUCUUCGAA